AUGUCGUCCUCACAGUCUUCACACGCUCGCCAAGACUUCAUCGCGAGGAUCAGAUAUUCCAAUGCCCUUCCACCGCCGCCGAAUCCUCCCAAGCUCCUCGACAUACCAAACACUGGCCUUGCGAGCGGGCAAUACACGACCCCGGGCUUCGCUUCUCGCCUGGCGCGGGAGCAGCCGCUGAACAUCGAAGCAGAUGCAGAGCUUGGAAUGCCGUUGGACUUGGUGGGCAUGUCAGGUGUCUUUGACGGCGACGAGAGCUCAAUCCAAGCACCUUCCCAGGCCCCACAAGUCCACCCGCAUGACCGAGCGUUGCUGCGACCACUGGCCACCCUCGGCAAGCCCAAGGUCGCAGGUGCUGCUGUCUCCUUCCUCCGCCGUACCGAGUACAUCUCCAAUGCAAACACCACAACGAAAUCGAGCCCAUUCCGCCAAGCUCCAAAGAACACCGCCCAGCGGCCGCCCAAGCGCAAGUCACCGGAGCCUGACAUCGGAACACCAGCCUACGUCAAGCGCAAGAUCGAGAAGGGCUUCGAGGCAGCGCAAGGGAACCUGAAGGACAAGAGCCGGAUACGCCACCCGACCAAGCCUCCCGUGAACAAGUUCAGGAAUCUCAGGGUGGUGGAGGCUUACCCAGUUCUGCCGGACCUCGACGCGUUCCCGGACUCUGGCGCCUAUGUCACUUACAAGUUCGCGCAUCCCCCCAUACCCAAGGAUGGGACUUACGACAGGCGCCUUCUGAACAGUAUAUUGAAAUACAAUCGCUCAGCAGAGGAGGAGGAGACCUACAAUGCAGCGGUAGAGGCGCACAAUCGUGACCCGGAGAAUUAUCCCAAACCGCCCAACCAGCAGCCGUACAACUUCUACCUUGCCGACAAGGUCAAGCACGUUGAUCUGUUCCGCCAGAGAUUUGACCUGCGCAAUCCCAACCGUGAUGACGACAGUCUGAACCCGGAGACCAAGGCCGACAGCGGUAAACCUGCAUUCGAAUACAACUACGCACGCACAUACAACGCUGUCGUCGAGAGCGAGCUGGAUCAUGACACAAAGUACAGCGAGGAGCUAGUUUUCGGUAUUGAUCCCGUCACCAAGGUGGCAUGGUACUACCCAUCCAUGCAGCGUAUGAAGCUGGAGCCUCCAAGAAGAAUCCACAACCAGUUCAAGCGCGAGAAGACCGAGGUCGAUGAGAUUGAUAUUGUCCCCGAGGACCCUUCUGACGAGUGGCGCCUUCGCAUGGAGCUAUGCAAGGCGAACCCUCUGGUCGGGCCGGACCCGCCACAAGAGGAUGAGCAUGAUGCUGACGCUGAGGCGGAGGAGGGUGUGUCACAUGACGGAGACGGUGGCCGACGUGAUGACAGUGAGGAACCCACGGCAACAAAUGGGCGGCACUACAGCGAGGAGCCCAGGAUUGAGAGCGAGCAAGAUGCUGAGGGAGACGAGGAGGAGUAG